CAUCUGUUUGCUCUCAGCCUACGCUCACUUACCUCUGUAGGAUUUGGGCAGAAUGCCCUGGUAACUCGAAGUCAGGCAAGUGUUUCUAAGCCGAUCCAGUUGACGUCGAGACCAGAUGGACGGUCGGUAGCCUUUUUGUGGGGCCAGGAGUGUGCACAUGCAAGUCGUCACAUGCGCCCAAAUCCAGUCACGUCGGAGAUGGAGCAUCUUCGGCGACGAUACAGUCCGAGUGUCGUCUUGCCGGCGGAUUUGGAGAGAGCGAGGCUAAUUUGCGCCUCGGAGGCGUGCUCGACCGAACAGAAGUCGGUUUAUCUCCACGGCGAAGUCGUUUUCUUCACGAUUCUCGAGGGCAUCGUCCAACAUGAUGUCGCAUUCGCCAAAGUCUUUGCCUAA